CUGGGUCAGACGACAGCCAUCAGCAGAUGUUCACUCAUGUCGACAAAUGUGGCUCCCCUCCCACAGUAAACAAUGCAGACUUUGAGGUUGAUCCAGGUCAGAUGUUUGUGACAUAUCAAUGUAAUUACUGGUACAAACUAAACGGAAACAGUAUAGUGAGAUGUCUGAAUAACCAAUGGACUCCACCACCCACCUGUAAAGUUGACUUCUGUGAGCUGGACACUUGUAAAUAUCGUGAUCUGGUGAACACGGGCAAUAUUUAUAUUAAAGCUGGAACCGCAAUGAAAUUGUCUUGUUCUGGUACUACAUGGAAGACUGCACAGGCUGUGUGCUAUGAAAACAAGGAAUUGUAUUUGUCUGCAUGUUGUUGGAAGACAACCCAUAACGUGCGCCUCUGUGGUUACACACGAAUAUAUAACCAAGAAACCCAGACUCAAGAUCAGUAACAAUAAAAAGAUCAACUUAGAUGGUCAUCUCAUUUAUGUGACCAAAACAUGUCUGAACGACCAGCAUUGUCUUCAUUAACGCUUUAAGACUGAAGUACAAGUGCUAAGCCUGUCCUUAGUACACACUGGCUCUUGUUUAGCUAAUUUUGAAGUUUUGUCCCUGUUCAAACUAAUGCUUUUUUUUUUUUUUUUUUUCCCCAAAUAGCACAAUAAAGCAUA